AUGGAGGACAAGGUGUCGCUGCACCCGUCCUUCUUUACUUGGGUUGACGGCUCGCGCAUGCACUUCUUCGCCGUCUUCGACGGCCACGGUGGACCCGAGGUGUCUGCGCUGUGCAGGGACCAUAUGCACGCAAUCCUUGCGGAUGAGCUGGCCCGCGCGGCCGCAGCCUACCAGAAGGAGCAUCAGCAGGACGAGGAGGCGGAGCAUCGCGCCUGGAAGGCCGCGCUGACACGGAGCUUCGUGCGGGCGGACGAGCUGGGGGCGUCGGGGGUGCCCCGGGGCACCAUAGGUGGGUCCACGGCCGUGGUGGCGCUCUUGGUCCGCAGCCGCAUCAUCGUGGCCAACUGCGGCGACUCCCGCGCCGUGCUCUGCCGCGCCGGCCGAGCCAUCCCGCUCUCCGGGGACCACAGGCUGGACCGACCGGAGGAGAUGGCGCGUGUCACGGCGGUGGGCGGUGUGGUGUUCAACUACGGCGGGGUGCUCCGCGUGCAGGGGAUCCUUGCCAAGACGCGCGCGCUAGGGCACACGCUCCUCAAGCCUAAAGUGAUAUGUGAGCCAGAAAUUACCAUAACUGCGAGGUCGGAGGAUGAUGAUUUCAUGAUCCUUGCAAGCGAUGGAUUGUGGGAUGUGAUGUCAAACACGGUGGCCUGCAGCGAAACCUGGAAAUGCUUAGAAGAUAAGAGCACCAAUGUUGGCACAAUGGUAGGCCGCGAAGAAGAGGUUCGGUGUAUAUGCGCUGCAUUCCACCUCACGGAUCUCGCCUUCCGUAUGCAUAGCCGAGAUGACAUCUGUGUGGUUGUGAUUGAUCUAAAGAUGAGGGGUUAGCUACAAAGAUCAGAUCACCAUCUCUACAAGUUACAAAUUUGACCUGAUAGGAAUUCAGAUCUAUGCAAUCAUGGCAAAGCUGUGUUGAUUGGGAUCUUAGCUCUCUAGCUAGUCGGUUGGUUUUAUUCAAUAAAAAGAGUCUGCAGAAUAACUGGUAAUAUGGAUGGAUAAAUAAUUGCCAUGGAUUGAAAA